GUUGGCUCAAAAUUGUCAUGGAUUGACACUCAACUUGCCGAUCACAUGUACAUCGCUUACCGAGUUUCGACCCGACUACGCCUCGAAGAUAUCCACAGAUAAAUAUCCAGAGCUGCUUGCUUAUCAAAAACGAAUUCACAACAUCCCGGAGAUCAAGAAAUGGAUCGAGAAACGCCCACAAACUGCACUU